AUGGCGUCAACUUUUGCCGGCAUGUCUGCAGUUAGUUCUUUGGCUGCUUCUGGUUGCAGAAUCACAGAUAAUAAAGCUGCAGCUUCAUCAAACAAAUUGUCUUCCCUUGCUUCAAUAUCUUCUAGCUCACUUGGGAGGAGAAAGAAUGUUGAUUUAAGAAAAACACGUCCCUUUCAAAUAACAGCAGCUGCAAAAGACUUGUAUUUCAACAAGGAUGGCUCGGCGAUGAAGAAACUCCAGAGUGGUGUAAACAAACUUGCAGACCUUGUUGGUGUCACCCUUGGGCCCAAAGGCAGAAAUGUGGUUCUUGAGAGCAAGUACGGUGCUCCAAAAAUUGUCAAUGAUGGGGUUACAGUGGCCAAAGAGGUCGAGUUGGAGGACCCUGUAGAGAACAUUGGAGCUAAAUUGGUAAGGCAAGCAGCUGCAAAGACCAAUGACUUGGCUGGAGAUGGGACAACAACAUCUGUUGUUCUUGCACAAGGCCUUAUUGCUGAGGGUGUUAAGGUGGUAGCAGCUGGAGCUAAUCCGGUUCUGAUCACUAGAGGAAUUGAGAAAACUACCAAUGCCUUAGUGUCUGAGUUAGAAUCAAUCUCGAAAGAGGUGGAAGACAGUGAAUUAUCAGAUGUUGCAGCAGUAAGUGCCGGGAAUAACUAUGAAGUAGGGAAUAUGAUUGCUGAGGCACUUAGCAAAGUCGGUAGGAAAGGUGUUGUGACUCUUGAAGAGGGCAAAAGUGCAGAAAACAGCCUGUAUGUUGUUGAAGGAAUGCAGUUUGAUCGUGGCUAUAUUUCUCCGUACUUUGUGACUGACAGUGAGAAGAUGGCUGUUGAAUAUGAGAACUGCAAGUUGCUGCUUGUUGACGAGAAAAUAACCAAUGCAAGAGAUCUCAUUAAUGUGUUGGAAGAUGCCAUUAGAGGUAGUUACCCCGUUCUAAUUAUUGCUGAGGAUAUUGAGCAAGAAGCUCUCGGGACCCUUGUUGUGAACAAGUUGAGGGGCGCACUGAAAGUUGCUGCCCUCAAAGCUCCUGGAUUUGGUGAGAGGAAGAGCCAGUAUCUCGAUGAUAUUGCAAUUUUGACCGGAGGAACUGUGAUAAGAGAUGAGAUUGGGCUGACUUUAGACAAGGCAGACAAAGAAGUUUUGGGUAAUGCUGCCAAGGUUGUGUUGACGAAGGACUCCACAACAAUAGUUGGUGAUGGCAGCACUCAGGAAGCUGUUAAUAAACGUGUUGCCCAAAUAAGAAACCUUAUUGAGGUUGCAGAUCAAGAUUAUGAAAAGGAAAAGCUGAAUGAAAGAAUUGCAAAGCUAUCUGGAGGUGUUGCUGUUAUCCAGGUUGGAGCUCAAACUGAAACAGAGCUGAAAGAAAAGAAACUCAGAGUAGAAGAUGCUCUCAAUGCAACUAAGGCAGCUGUUGAGGAAGGAAUCGUGGUUGGAGGUGGAUGUACAUUGUUGAGACUUGCAUCGAAGGUCGAUGCUAUCAAGGAAACUCUUGAAAAUGAUGAGGAGAAGGUUGGAGCAGACAUUGUCAAAAGAGCCUUGAGUUAUCCAUUGAAAUUGAUAGCCAAGAAUGCUGGUGUUAACGGUAGCGUUGUUAGUGAGAAGGUGCUAUCAAGCGACAACCCAAAAUAUGGAUACAAUGCUGCUACUGGGCAGUAUGAAGAUCUCAUGGCUGCUGGAAUUAUAGAUCCGACUAAGGUUAAUAAUAUUUUUUUUUGGCUACUCUAUUAA